AUGCCCGACCUUUUCCACGGGAAUUCCGGGAUGACCAACCCGAACGACGUCACAAUUGAUAUCCCGCUACAGAGUCACCCAAGUCACGCGAGCCACGGACAACAAAGCGGGGAGAAAUGGGGAUCUAGCAGCGCGAUCUCCCCUAAUGAAGAAAAUGAGGAUGGUUCCGCCAUCAAGGAGGGCAUAGGUCGUCGUCGCACCACAUUCGAAACUAAUGAAAAGGAUUCGGAUUCUCCCCUCGACGGUACGAUCAACCGAAUCGGUCGCUUCUACCAGGCUUUUUACAACUUCUCGAUCAUUACUCGCUACGCCAUUUACGUGGUUCCUAUCGGUCUUCUGAUUGCGAUUCCUAUCAUCGUGGGUGCGACCGCGGCACCGAAUGCUGAGAUUGGUGGCGUACAUAUCUAUUGGUUUUUCACUUGGAUUGAGGUGCUUUGGGUUAGCUUGUGGGGGUGCAAAGUCUUUGCGCAAUUCUUCCCCUAUGUCUUCCAAUCUCUCUGCGGUGUUGUCAGUUCUGGCACCCGCAAAUAUGCACUCAUUUUGCGGGCCUUGGAAACGCCCCUCACCUUGGUACUUUGGAAUGUCAUUGCGCUUGUAACUUUCUUGCCGAUCAUGCGAUUUGGAGCUGGAAAUAGUAGCGAUGUCUCUAGCUGGGAAAGUAGCAUUAAGAACAUCCUUUUUGGUCUUCUUAUUUGCAGUCUGAUCUAUAUGGUUGAAAAGGCUGUGGUCCAACUUAUUUCCAUCAGCUAUCACCGAAAGCAGUUCGAUGCGAAGAUCAAGGAGUCGAAACGCAAUGUUCACUUGGUCAGUGUGUUGUUUGAUGCUUCGCGCAAAAUCUUCCCAAUGUACUGCCCCGAGUUUCGCGAGGAAGACAAUAUGAUUUUCGACUCCCUAUUGAACCAGGCGACCACCAAGGGGCGCAGCAACAUCAUGCCGCUGCGGAUGGUUCAGAAUGUCGGUCGACAGGUCGGACAGAAUGUUGGCCGUAUUGGUGAUAAGGUGACAUCUGCCUUUGGUAAUGUCGCUGCAGAACUUACUGGCAAACAAGUUUUUAACCCCAAUGCUACACACUCUAUCGUGAUCCAGGCUCUUGAGCGUAAGCGCUGUGCCGCCGCGAUGGCUCGCCGUAUCUGGCUCUCAUUUGUUGUUGAGGGCCGUGAUGCGUUAUACAUGGAGGAUAUUACCGAGGUUCUUGGCCCUGAUUAUCAGGUUGAGGCCGAGGAAUGCUUCAAUGCCAUCGACAAGGACGGUAAUGGAGACAUUAGCUUGGAUGAGAUGAUUCUCACUAUCACUGAGUUUGGUCGUAUCCGCAAGGCUCUGAACCAUAGCAUGCACGACGUUGACCAGGCAAUUCGUGUCCUGGAUGGUCUCUUGAUGUGUAUUGCCGGCGUUCUUGGAGUUUUGGUUUUUAUCUCAUUUGUGACUAGUGGUUUACAUACUAUUAUCACUACCGGUGCAUCUGCCCUACUCUCUGUCAGUUUUGCAUUCUCGACCACGGCAGCUGAGGUGCUGGGUUCCUGCGUGUUCUUAUUCGUGAAGCACCCCUUUGAUAUUGGCGAUCGCGUGGAGGUUAGCGAUAAACCUUAUAUCGUCGAGCGGAUUUCAUUGCUCUACUCUGUGUUCCGCAACGUGAACGACCACCGCAUGACUCAGGUACCUAAUAACAUUCUGAACAGCCUUUGGGUCGACAACUUCACUCGCUCCAAUUCUAUGCAUGAGCAGCUCAAGGUAGCUGUCGCUUUUGAUACCACAUUUGCUGAAGUUGAGGCUCUGCGCGAAGAAAUGGAACUCUUCGUUCGUGAUAAGGAAAAUUCUCGAGACUUCCACUCUGAUAUCAAUAUUGAGAUUGUCGGUGUUGGUGAUGAGGUGGACAAGCUUCAAAUUCGGGUUGAUAUUCGUCACAAGUCUAACUGGUCCAACGAAGUUGUCCGUGCUACUCGACGUUCCAAGUUCAUGUGCGCUUUGGUUCUUGCGCUGCGCAAGCUCAAGAUCAGAUCCCCUGGAGAGAAACGUGAGGAAGAGGAGAAGGAUGAUGAUGACAAGUCCGACAAGGGUGCAGCUGAGACCGAACCCGGUGUUGGCGUUGUUCCAACAACCACCGCCGCUGCUGUUGUUGCGGCUGAUGCUCUGAAGUCUCAGGAAACUCUUACCUCCAAUACCGCCGCGGCUUCUGGAUUUGACAGAGGUCAACAAUCCUCCGGCACCCUGCACAAGCGUGAGAAGGCACAAGACAGCGAAGCUGCUAUGGCUAACAAGCUCAACUCUCGGGCUUCUGCGCUUGAAAUUCCUGGCGAAGAUGGUCUCCACCGCACAAAAAGUAACAGCACUAGCAUCUCCGGCAAGAGCUAUCUGGGAGUCGGUGAUGGUGGCUCAAAGAUCUCUCGUGGUCUCUCCACUGGUCACCGCAAGGCAGGUACUUCUAUCCACGAUGUGGAAGACAACGCGUUCAACAAUGAGCUUCGACGUCUCUCCUCGGUUCGUAGCGGUAUUAGUCCCAUCUCUGAUACCCCGAUGAUGGGAGCCGCUGCUAGUGGAGCCUACCAACCUACAUCCCCGUUCUCCCUCCCCACCAUCAUGACUCAGGACUCUGGCACCUACAAUGUGUCUCAUUACCAAAAUCAAAGCCAGGAAAAUUAUCAGACUCAGGAGACCUCCUACGAACAGACUGGAGGUCGUAGCUUGAGUACCGAGUUCAAUCAGUCCUUCCUGUCUCACCCGACAGAAACCCACUCCUCUACUACUCGAUCUUUCUCCCACGCCUCAACAAAGGAGAAAUCAUCAAAUGAGGAGCAUAAUUCAUGA